AUGGAUUUCAAUGGCAUGCGAGAUCUUGAGUCUGAGAAACAAAUAUGGUCAGGCCAUUGUCGCGUUUCUAGGCUUUGGCUUGGUGCAAGCGUCACGACAGACAAAGUCCUGCAUUUAGACAUGAUCUUGAUGGAUUCCAAGGGAAAUGAUAUAUGGGUCCACAUCCCACCGGUGUUGCAAGAGCAAUUCAAGGCACUGCUUCAGGAACAAGAAGUUUACAUCAUCAAGGAUUACGAAAUUCACACGACCCAACUCAAAUAUCGCCCUAUUGCCAAUUCAUAUAUCAUGACUUUUAAUCGGGCGACUACUGUCCAACGUGUUCCUGAUAUCCCUUCCAUUCCUGCCUUCAAGUUCAGUUUCACUAAAGCAAGUGAGAUGAAGGAUAAAUUGGGACAAAUAAUCAUCCUCUCAGAUGUUGUUGGCGAGUUGGUGAAGCACUCAAAUCUCCUGACCACAACCAAUCUUUCUCGAAAAACCACUAGAAAGGAACUUGAGCUGAAACUGAUUGAAGGUGAUAUUGUGAGAGUUGUUAUCUGGGGUAGAGUUAUAACUGAAUUUGAUAAAAUAGUCAAACCUGUUGGUGAUCAACCAAUUAUUCCGGUAGUCACUGCUGUUUCUGUGAAUCUAUUCAAGAGUCAACUUUCCUUUUCUUCUUCUGGGUCAACAAUCCUGUAUCCUAACCUUGAUAUCCCGGAAGUGAAGGCUUUCUCAACAAGAGAUGUACAACCAGAGCAGCCCAUGUAUGUUGAGUUGCCCCCACCUGCUCCUAUUCCUGAACUUUCUCUGUCUGAAUUGCUGGAAUUACAUGUGGAUCCGGACAGCGAGGAAGGUGUUUAUUCUGUUACUUGCAAAGUAGUAGGGAUCAAGCCAUUUUGGUGUUACUUGGGUUGCCCAACCUGUGUCCUUAAACCCAUAGAGAGGAAUGGAGAAUACUAUUGUGUGAAGUGCAACAAGAUGACUCCAAUUAGACCUGCCAAAUAUCGGAUUCAGCUUGAGGUUGAAGCCAAUUCAAAAACUGGUCAAAACUAUGAAGAACCCCCUGCAGAUCUGCUCAAAGUAGUUGGUGUGACCAAGCUGUUCCAUGUGAAGUUCAAGCCAAAUCUAUACAGUGAUGCUCAACCCGAUUUCACUGUGUUAAAAAUUUUGGAGCCUGAAUCAACGAGUUCGGAGUCUAAUCUGCACAAGGACAGCUCCUCCUCAUCGCUUAGUAGUGGCCUUGAGUCAUCCCAAACUUCAUCUGACCAAUCCAUCCCCAUUUCAACAGCCGACGAUACUGGAUCCAUGCCUGUUGACAACAAACUCAAGCGAAAGAUGCCUUCAGUUUAA